AUCGCAAUUACAUACGUAUGUAACUUUUAAGAGCUUGCUUAACCCUGCUUCCUUGUUUACCCUCACCGAAUUAUGGAAGCUGUUACAUAUCGUUUUGAUUUCCUCCCAGUUUUGGUCUGAAUCACGUUCCGUAGCUAAAAUGAACGUUUUACUGGUCAUUCAAAUUACGGUUUAUAUCCUAGCUUUAGUUUUAGCUUUAUGUAUAUCUGUUCCUGUCAUUAUUCAUCAAAAAGACUUUAAAGGACAUUGUUUGCUCUUUUCCAGAGGAACAUGGAGGGAAACUGAUGGCCAAUUUGUGAUUACAUGGGCACCAAGUGCCUACUGCAUCUUUGUUAUUCUAUCUGGAGUGGUUUUGCUUACAGCUUGCUGUUUCCAAAUUCACAGGCUUGGUCAUUUUCUCUAUAGAGGACUUGACAGCUCUUUCCUGUCUGCAUUUGUGGAUGCUGUUGGCAGUGCCUUCCUUUGUUUCCUUUCUUUAGCUUCUGCCAUGAUUAUCACUCUUGGAUUUGGUACUUGGUGUGGAGAUAUUACCCAACGUUUUGAGGAGUGUAGUUAUGCAGAAGACGAAAACAUUGACCAAGUGGAUAAUAUCAACACCUCUGGCUUUUACUUGUUGCUGGGAACUGCUCAGUUUGGAGCUUGGGCUUCUUGGGCAUGCUGGGUAGGAUUAGCUGUGUGUGCAGUUCUCAAAUUAUGUCGGUAUCACCAGCGUGAAAAUAUACGAGUUAGCAUGGCCAAAGAGCGGAGGCGUUUGUUAACAGAUGGACUUCCACAGCGAAGCUCUAGCGAUGAAGCCAUGCUCGGUUAAAAGCUGCGUGUGACGUUGUAAUGUGUACAUUGUGCGUGCCCUUUACGGAAGUUCAUAUAUCUGUUCGCUUCUCAAAAUUCGUUUUACCCCCACAGUUCUCAAUAAAUGUGUAAACAUAGUUACCUAUGCCUUAAUACUAAAAAAUAAGUUUACUCAUAUGAACCCUUAUUGCAGAAAGCCAAAUAAAUAAAUAAAAAAAAUA